AAAGUUCAUUUUUAAAGCCGCACUUUUCUCCAACGCAAGUCUUUAGGUUGCGUGUCCUCCUUUCUGCUGCCAACCUUCCUCCUCCUCUUCCUCCUCCUUUUCUUUCUCUUCUUCCUCUCCGAGGGGUCGCGCUGCUGUGUCCGAGUUCGGGCUUUUACACCGUGUGUGUAUCGGAGAGAGAGAGAAAGAGAGAGAGAGAGAACGAGUGUGCGUUUACAUCGCAGUGUUUCUCAACAAUGGUCCUCCUGAAAUCUUUCUAUCAAUAAUUCAGAUCCGCGCUGGUUCCGAAACCGGAUUCAGAAAUUAACAGCUAUCGACUUUUUACGCUUUAUUGAUUUUUGUUUUUUUAUUUUUUUUUUUCCCCUGAAGAUUUGAGGAGCUACAGAGAAGAAGAAAAGAGUGAAACACUGGACGCGGAUUGGGAAUCUGCUUCAUACAGCAAUUUAUUUUUCAUUUUAUUUUUAACAUAAAAACUCUCAAAAAAGGAAGAACUUUUUAUCCACUGGAUGAACAGCAUCUUUUAACAUUUUUCAGCAGGUUUCAGCGCCUGUUUGGGAUUUUCACCUGGAUGAACCUUGUUUCUGUACCAGAUUUUUCGAUUUAUUUUUGCUUUAUCAUAUGAUUUUUUAAAUGUAUUUUCUCGUUUUAAUUUAAUUUUAUUAUUAUUAUUAUUAUUAUUAUUAUUAUUAUUAUUAUUAUUAUUAUUAUUAUUUAUAAAUGCGGCUGUUUACAUUUUGUAUUUAUUUUUUAAAUAAUUAAAAUAAAUUAAUUCUAAAUAAUCGUAUUUUUUUUUUUUCAACUUUCAACAUUUUGUUUGUUAUUUUUAUUUCGUUAUUUUAUCAUUAGGAUUACUUUAUUACGCCCCCCAAAACCCCCUCCCACACUCUAAACUCCUCCAGUUCUCCUCGGAUGAGCCCCUGAUCUCGGGCCUGUCGGUGAUGGAGGCGCCCGGCGCUUCGGGCUCCGCUUUCGGUAUCGACUCUUUGCUGUCCCGCGGCCCCCCGGCGCUGCUGGAUGGAGAGGCCGAGGGGGCAGCAGCAGUAGUUGGAGGAGGUGGUGGAGGUGUGGGUGUAGGUGGUUGCUGCUCCUCUUCGCCGCUGGAACUGAGUCCAGGCUCUGAUGCUGACCGGGAUCCUGAACGGGACAGUAGCGCGUGCUCCUCGCCCCCGUCCCCGCGUCGGCCGCUGCUCGGGCUUCCCGGAGCUCCUCCGCGCACCGUCACCUCCUCCUUCCUCAUCAGAGACAUACUUGCGGACUGCAAACCCCUGGCCGCGUGCGCGCCGUACAGCACCGCGCAGCACGAGCCGGGCAGGACCGGGAGCAAGGACGACUUCAUACUGGACAAGAUCCACAGCAACUCGUCCUCAGACAGCGAGUAUAAAGUGAAGGACGAGGCAGAGAGGGAGAUCUCCAGCAGCAGAGACAGUCCUCAGGUGCGCCUCAAAAAGCCGCGCAAAGCGCGCACGGCCUUCACAGAUCAUCAGCUCGCGCAGCUCGAGCGCAGCUUUGAGCGGCAAAAGUACCUGAGCGUGCAGGACCGCAUGGAGCUCGCGGCCUCCCUUAACCUGACCGACACACAGGUCAAGACCUGGUACCAGAACCGCAGGACGAAAUGGAAGAGGCAGACUGCGGUGGGACUGGAACUGUUGGCCGAGGCAGGGAAUUACUCCGCGCUGCAAAGGAUGUUCCCUUCGCCCUACUUCUACCCCCAGAGCCUGGUGUCCAACCUGGACCCCGGAGCAGCUCUCUACCUGUACAGAGGAGCCUCGGCACCCCCUCCAGCCCUGCAGCGCCACCUUGUCCCCCGCAUCCUUCUACACGGCCUGCAGGGCGGCGGUAGUGAGCCUCCACCACCUCCUCCUUUACCCCCCCUGUCCGGAGUUCUCCCCAGACCCACCCCGCCACGAUGAGCUCAACAGCACGCGUGGGAUUUCAUCUAAAAAUGAAACAAACACUCAAACCCUGGCAGCUUUGAACUCUAACAAGCAGAGACAAGAAAAACACCAGUUUGAAUCUACUGGUGACAAGAACUAUGGAGAUCUAUCAUAAAGCCACUGUACUCACUCAAUGUCAAAGACUCGGUGAAAUCAUCACCAGUGUCAGUUCUAAUUUAUUGAAUUAUUUAUUUCCCCCUUUGUAUUUAAAUGAUAUAUUUAUAUAGCUAGGUUUACUGUUUAUGUUCAGGAUACAAAGGAAAGUGUUUAUAAAGGACGCAAUAAUGACGAGAAAGGAAAACACAUCAGGGGCAUAUUAUUAUUAUUACCAUUAUCAAUGUUGUUAUUAUUGGGUAAGAAUUAAUCAUACUCACGCGUCUUGAUAAUUAACUCCUAAAGCCCCUGUAUAUGAACUGUUCACGCAGUUCCAAUUAUUAUUUUUUUUUUUAAGACUAAACGAAGCACUGUUUUAUUUAAAGCCGAUCAAAUGUACAAAAGGCAAAUCGGGAUGCGUGUACAUAGGAAUAUACGGUUCAAAUAUAAAUCUUGAUUUUCUUAUCUAGGAUUUCUUUUCAUUCUUUAUUCCACAAGCGAGGAUUAUGAAGGACAUGGACAGCACGUCCACACUGAAAGAAAAAAAACGCAUUCAAGAAUGUCAGCGAUGACUGACUUAGAUUCCGUUCUAUAUCAAGCUGAAAGAAAAAAAUAAACAUCUGUUUGGCUGCUCCAAGCUGGGAAACGUUGAGGAGCACUUAUCCUACGAACUAAAGUCCGAGGCUAAGAGUUUAGUCUACUACAGAAUACCUGCGCUGCGAAACUUUUGCUCAAGCGCCAUAAAUGUUACUGUGUAACGUUUACUGUGGCACGCGGCGAAAGGAAGCUUUUGUGUGUGGUGUACACAUAGUGCGCGUAACGGAUGCAUUAAAAAAGGGGAGGACAGGCACGGUGCACAGAACGCAAGUGAAAGGGACUGAGAGUAAUGCUUCGUCCAAAACAUUCGUAAAAAGUGAAAAGGGCAUAUAACGGCUACUUAAUGGACAUGUAAGAUGUGGGCGGGUGAGGUAAGCAGGACGGGCGAAAAGUGACGCACAAAGUUGCGCCAGGUAAUCGUGAAAGGUGCAGGCACUUGUAGAGCAUUUGCUAAAUAAAUAACAAAUUAAUGAAUAAAUGAAUACAUUUUUUGGGUGUCAACCCAUGCCAAACAACCGCUGACAAGCUGUAGUAAAUACGGACGCGAUAGGUGUUUUUGGUGCACCCUGUUUUCUAGGUCUAUUGCCCCGACCCGGUGUGCUCGAGCAGACAUUUGUGCAUUAUUCUGUAUAAAACCGUUGAAACGAUAUCUUGUCAUUCUUUUGGUGAAUGUGUAUAUUGAGAAUAUUGAUUUGUGAAGUGAUUCUCGUAUUUCCAGAUGAUUUUUCUCUUUAGACCCCCUCUUGUGCUUCAGCGGUAUGAACUUUGGAGGCAAAAAAACUCUACUUACUGCUGCUGAUUACGCAUGAAGGAGAGGGGGCUUGAAGUGAGGAGAAUUACUUUUAUAAAUGUGCUAAUAAAGAUCUUUCACUACA